CAGAAAAGCUCGGUGGUGCUGAGGUCACCACGCAAUCCUCCCUCCUUCGACAGCUGGUUUCACUUGACUUGCUGCCGGCCGCUUACAAGGAUAGAAAAUUACGGGGAUGCCCUUAAACGUGAUUUUUAAGAGACGAAGACAAAACCCGGGAAUCUCUCUCUAUUCAGCAACGAAGAAACCUACCUCAAAAGGAAGGAAGAGAGGAAAAUCGAGCUGAACUGAGUUAAAAGGAGAAGAGAUCAAUCAAUUAAUCAAUCAGAGAGGAAAAUCGAGCUGAACUGAGUUAAAAGGAGAAGAGAUCAAUCAAUCAGAGAGGGAAAAGAAGCGAUGACUACAAGAUCAAUACCUCUCUCCUCAAUCCUCCCAUUCUCCUCAAACCCUUCUCUUUCCAGCAACUCAAAACCCAGGAGGACUCUCUCCUCUUUCACUUCAAUUCAAUCCCUCUGCAACCCCCUUUCCAUCUCUCCUCGUCCGCUUUCCAGUUGUAGAAAGGUACAUCGAGUAAGGGCAACAACUUUGCAAGAUACGGAGGAAGAGGUUAUCGUGGAGGAUUCAUUUCAGGCAAAGAGUUUGCGUGAGACUGAGAGUAGGACUGAUGCGGAGCCAUCAGAAAGUACACCAGGAAAACUGGAAAGAUGGGCUAUUAAGAUUGAACAAUCUGUGAAUAUUCUUCUCACGGAAUCGGUCGUAAAAAUACUCAAUGUCUUUUAUCAUGAUCGUCAUUAUGCAAGGUUUUUUGUACUCGAAACCAUAGCUAGAGUACCUUAUUUUGCCUUCAUGUCAGUUCUGCACAUGUAUGAGAGUUUUGGUUGGUGGAGAAGAGCUGAUUAUUUGAAAGUGCAUUUUGCUGAGAGCUGGAACGAAUUGCACCAUCUUCUGAUCAUGGAGGAACUUGGGGGUAAUUCGAUGUGGUUUGACCGUUUUCUUGCUCGGCACAUUGCAAUUUUUUAUUACUUCAUGACCGCCUUGAUGUACAUAAUAAGCCCAAGAAUGGCGUAUCAUUUUUCCGAAUGCGUGGAGAAGCAUGCAUACUCAACCUAUGACAAGUUCAUCAAGCUCCAGGGAGAAGAAUUGAAAAGAAUGCCUGCCCCUGAGAUUGCUGUAAAAUACUACACGGAAGGUGACUUGUAUUUGUUUGAUGAAUUUCAAACAGCAAGAGCUCCGCAUACUCGAAGACCAAAAAUCGAGAAUUUGUAUGAUGUGUUUGUAAACAUCCGUGAUGAUGAAGCAGAGCACUGCAAGACGAUGAAAGCCUGUCAAAUCCAUGGGAACCUCCGUUCUCCGCACUCAGAUGCUCUCGAAGAAGAUGAUUUGGGCUGUGUCCCGCCUCAAGCAGAUUGUGAAGGUAUUGCAGAUUGUGUUAAAAAAUCUGUGACCCCUCGUGAAAGGAAACAAGAAUAGAAAAGUAAAGGAAAAAAAAAACAUAGAAGUCGUUAAUAUGUAGUCAUUUACACAGAAAAAUGAGUAUGCGAUGUAACAAGGGGUCCAUAUUUAUCCAAUACAAAUAUAGUUGUUUCA